AUGAGCCCUUUUCAAGCCCUCUAUGGGAGGUCAGUUCCAGAUUGCAACGCAUAUAUACCGGGAUCGUCGGACACGCCUUCUAUUGAUUCAUCAUUACAGGAACAUGAGCGUUUACGCAAAUUGCUGAAAGCAAAUCUGUUAAAGGCCCAACAACGCAUGAUGAGUUUGGCAAAUGCACACCGAAUGGAUAAACAAUUUUCAGUCGGUGAUAUGGUCUUUUUACGUCUCAAGGACUACCGACAACAUUUGGUUUCAUCCCAUGCAUCCAAGAAGCUGUCCAAGAGAUUCUACGGACCCUUUAAAAUACUCGAGCGUAUCGGUUUAGUUGCAUACAGGUUGGAGUUGCCUUACGGAUCAAAAGUUCAUCCACUGUUUCACAUCUCUCUGCUUAGAGAGGCUCAUGGUAACCCAGCCCCUAUUCCCUUACCACAAGUGUCCGAUACUGCAGACCAGCUUGAGGAAAUUGGCACACAAGAAAUGCCUCAGCUCGAGGACGAUCUGAAUGUCAAGAGGGGAGCAGUUGAUACGGGCCAGUCAGUUGUUAAUGGGCUGCGUAACAGGCCCACAAGAGAAGUCAGGAAGCCCGCAAGAUUCAGUCAGUAA